GUCUAGCUGCAGCAGCGAGCACACUGCUCUCUUGGAUAACAAUCAUUCAUCACAGAAGUAUUCGAGUCUGUCUCCAGCGCAGCGUAAAAGCCUUCAGAGUACAGCAGCAUGGGGAGCACCACGUCAUGUGUCCCCGAGCACAACUUCAGAUUCUCCAGCAAGAGUUUCAUACGCAGAAACAGCAGUCGCCUGUUUCGCAAGAAGAAUCCCCAAGAGGGACAGGAGAAGUCUAACAGCAUCAUUAAUAUCUUGAGUACCGUCAGGAAGGAAAUGUCCCCUAUAGAUCUGCGCACAAUAGACAACGCGAAAUGGGAUCCUCCGUUCCCUUAUGACCCGGCCAGCGGCUGGAAGAAGAGCAGCAUCAAUGUGAAGAACUACGGACGAAUGAUUCACAGCUCCAAAGUUCGCUUCCGCUUUGUCCACUGCCAGGAUAUACAUGAUUGCUUCCUGGACCUCUUCCAGACACACCUUCAUUUCCUCUCCAAUAACACAACUGGACUGACAUACCAGGGAACUCUUCCGUUGAAAGAAAUCACCAUCUGUAAUCUGCAACAGAACUGUAACCACAGCCGACCCCAGGAGUUCGCCUUUCAGAUAAAUGGUGUCAGCCUGAACCCCAUCAUCGUGUACUGUUCCAACCAAGAAGAAAUGGACCUGUGGUUUGGCUUGCUUAAAGAAAACAUUGAGGCGAAUGGGGGCACUGCAAUUGUACAUGAAAACUACACCAGAGUGAAACUAAAGCAGCACGUGUCCUCCGAGGGAAGGGAGGAGCUGAGGAACUCGGUGAACCGGGAGCCCAUCUACGAGUGGGAGGGCUCUCAGAGGGACAGCCUGGGCACCAUCACCUAUGUCACAAAAGUCAGACUGCAGCACCUGCCCUGUCAGGAACAGAGUGACAGACUGCUGGUGCUGUACCCAUCAACGCUGAUCAUUCUAUCAGAGGAGAGCGAUCAGCUCUUCUAUAAGGGGAAACUCCCACUCAACAUGAUUACUGUGACCACGCCCUGCCAAGACGUCAAGCCCAACACCUUUAUGAUCGAAGGGAAGCUGAUCAACCCCAUAGUGGUGUCGUGUCUGGAUAGGACAGAGUUCUGCGACUGGAUCCAACAUUUCAAAAGUGCUGACGUGCCCGUUGUUAGCCCCCCGCCCCCUGUGUAUGACAUCAUCUACACCCCGACGCACAGAGAGGUUCCACAGUUUGACAGGUGGAGUGGAAACAGCCAUGGACGCACUGAGUCUCUUAAGUUCAACCAUUCACAGAGUGGAUGUGGGUCCCACAACCUUCACGUACCCAUUCAUGAAGACAACCCUCUCUCCCCGGGAUACUCCGAACCCCUCUGUUACAGCUCCAGUCGUCCCUCCUCAACCGAGACCGCCCGCCUGGGCAGCCGGACCAACAGCGCGUCCUCACACACCAGGCCGGAGAACCUGCGACCCUCGUCGGGGCGCUACUCCUCCCCCCAGCGCAGCUCCUACCUCCAGCCAGCCGAGAGCGCUGCGCAUUCUCAGCUCUACAGCACGCCGUACUCUGCCCUGCACCGGGCCAGUCCACAGCGGCUGGAGAAAGCCCCGCUCGUCAAGUCCAACAGCUGGAGCACCCCGCAGACAUCCCUGAACUACACCCUUAAUACCCCGCAGCGCCACUCGGACAUGUGCGCCCCCCGACAGCCCUUGUCGCCCCUGUACGAUGAGCCCAACAGCCCUGAAAUCUAUUCGCUGUAUGAUGCCAGGCCAGUGCAGCCGAUUCGUCCCCGCUACCAACAGCAACACCACCAGCAGGGGGCCCAGCCCCUCCCCUCCUCUUUCCAGCUCCGCACCCCUCCCAUGGGGAAGCGCCACAGGAGAAGCCUGGUCCUGACCAACUCCCAGGGGAAAGCUCUGGGCCUGGAGGUGGAGAAGGCCCAGAACCAGGAGGAGCAGAGGGCCGAGGCCGUGUCGAGGCUGAAGCUGCUGGCCGCACCGGGCCAAGUGGAAGAGCAGAUCCUCCCCCCGUUGAACUGUGGGAUAAACACCCCUCCGAUGCCUUACGGUUACUCGCCAGAUCACAACUCGUACCUUGAACCCACAGAACCAGAUGACCAGGAAAUGGACUAUGAUAACAUUUGGCAGUACGACUGUGAUACCGGGGUGCUUCCGCCGACGUCUGGAAUUUCGACACACUGGAAAGGAUUAGACUUUGCGGCCAGAGGCCUCGGUGGCAUGGCAACCCGGCAGAGAUGGUCAUAAAACAAAACAAGGGCCCGGCACUCGUCUGGACGUGUGCAAACAACGGAUCUCUAUCAGAGGGAUAGUACAAAGCCAACUGUAUCAGCCUGUGUUGCUCCUGCUGCAUACACUAUGAACCGACAAGUCACACAAACUGCAUUGUUCGAUGUAGCGAGGGGUGCAGGAAUAAAGAGGCUAAACACCUAAACACUCAGUAACAGUAACAACCGCCUUCUUCCGCAAAAUAUGUAGCAUUCAGCCGGGAGGACAGCAAAAAGUAAACAUACUGUGUAGUUAGUUUUUUAAUAUAUUUUGAAAUUGCACUGAAGGUUUCAUUUGUAGUGCUUUGUAACAUGCUGUUCAGUUUACUUGCUUUUGCUUUUGUUUUUAUUUAUAGCUAAACAACAUUCCAUCAGGGCUUUAUUCAGUAGCAGAAGUAUAUUUUUGUAAAUGUUGUAGAUUUUUUAUUAUGCUGCAUUAUAUAAGCAAUUAGAUGUGGCUUUAACUGACUUCCUUAAAAGGUGCUAAUAUUACCUACUGCAAUACUAUAUUGAUACCUGUGUGGCUUUGUUUAUUUUAUUUUAAGUGUUUAUUUAUAUUUGGAAAUAAAAAAAUAAA